CCACGCCGCGCCAUCGCACCCGCACGGCGCACACCACUCGCAUUUCACGCGCAUAACAACGCAUCGCGACGAUGUCGACGCCGGUCCUUCGCUCGCCCAUCGCGCCGCACGCGCGCGCCCUCGCGCGGCUCCAUUCCCCCCGCACCGCCCACCGCCCGGCUGCGGGCCCGCGUCGCAGCCGCCCGGGUGCCGCGAUCGUCGUCGUCACGCGCGCCGCGGCGGCGUCCAAGGGCGCGGACACCACCGGCGCAUCGGGUAAGAAGGGUAAGACGAACGUCACGGACAUGUACGUCGCUCUGCGGGAGAUGGAGCGCGCCGCCGAGGAGGCUGAGACGGAAUGCGUCCUCAACGCGUCAAACUCAUCCGAGCAAUCAAAAUGCACGGAACGGUACCUCGAGGCGGCGGAGGAGAUCGAGGCCGCGAAGCUCGCGGCGUUGGCGUCGGGAACCGGCGCGCAGGAGGAGCGCCUCAUCGCCAAGGCGGCCGUCAAGAAGGCGCGCGCCGAUCGCAUCAGCGAGCUCGCCACCGCGGCGGAGGAUGAGCUCGACUGCGUGAGCGCCGGCGGCGGCGCGGAGUGCACCGUCGCGUUCAACGACGCGUGGGACAGGGCGGAGGAACGCGAGAGGGACGCGGUGAUGCGGCACAGGUCGCUGCUCAGGCGUUGGGUGAACCAGCACAAGGCGUCGGGGUCGAGGUGAGGACCCUCGACAUUGUACUAAGUGUUAUUGUCAGUUAUUGUUGUCCGUCGGUU